AGCAACGGUAGGUCACUCAUGAAGCUGUUCUAAGGUUUGCUGAUGAAUCCGCAACCUUUCUAGAGCGCUGCGAUGAGAUCAAUCUCGGAUGUGGUGGUGAAGUAGUCCAGUCCAAAGAGAUGGCAAUGCCUUGAAAGGGGAUGCUUGAAGAUGAGACUCUUGCUUUUCAACACAGCCACCAAGAGAUUGUUCACAUCUUGCUGCUUCCCGGCUGAUCAGGCAGCGCGCGCUAUCAGCAUGGUACAUAGUCCGUCAACUGAGUUGCGCGUUGCGGUCCUCUACCAAGCAUGCGACCCUCCAGUCGUCAACGGUGUCCGCAAACCAAAGAAACCCGGGGGGUAUCAAGACUCAGGGGCCGACAUUGCUUACGUUCUCGCCUCCAGACAGGAUGUGAGAGUUAUUUCUGCGGAGAGGAGUCCAGACCCAAGACGAGAUGAGGGCUGGUGCUUUCCUGACACAGAGAGCGGUAUUCGGGCCGCCAUCGAGCGAGGCGCGAACAUCCUAUGGGCAAACACGAUUCUCUUUGCUUCCCACCCUCUGCAGACCUCAUCAGCCCUCGAUAAAUACACAGCUGAGGUGAGAGUAGUGGGUCAACCGCCACGAUUUGUUGAGCAGUACGACGACAAAAACUAUGUUAACGAUUUCCUCCGCAAGCAUGGCGGCUUCAGCAUGCCUCGCUCGUGGACCCUAAACUCCACAUCAUCUCUCAGCCUUGAGACCUUGCCAUACCCAAUCGUUGCCAAACCGAUCCGUGGCCGAGGAAGCCACGGUGUCAAGGUGUGCCGCAACCCGCCGGAUCUCUCUGCCCAUUUAUCGGCCUUGUUCAAAGAAAGCCCGAUCGCUAUGCUCGAAGAAUAUCUCUGUGGCCAGGAAGCAACCGUCACCGUCAUGCCGCCGUCCGAGGACCAUCCAGAUUACUACGCACUGCCCCUCGUCGUGCGCUUCAACCACGAAGAUGGAAUUGCGCCGUACAACGGCGUUGUAGCGGUGACGGCCAAUUCCAGAGUCCUGACACCCCACGAGGAAGCUCGAAACCCCCGGUAUCAAGAGACCAGCAAAGAGUGCGAAGACGUUGCUCGCCUGCUGCGGGUGACUGCGCCGAUAAGAAUCGAUGUGAGGCAGUUCACAGAGGCAACGGCUUCGAAGUUUGCAAUCUUCGAUGUCAAUAUGAAACCCAACAUGACGGGUCCAGGCCGACCCGGCCGCGAAAACCAGGCAAGUCUCACAGCCAUGGCGGCCGGCGCGCUUGGAUGGGACUACUCCGAGCUAUUGGUGAGAAUGCUAAAGUCUGCUCGAAAGUUGCAAGAUCUAAGGCAGAUGGAUAUCUAAAUCUGUUUUUAUUGCGCCAGUGCUGGAUUACUGCUCGACAGCGUUUUGUUGUAUCGUGAGAAAUCUGGGAGUGUAUGUGAGAGAAAUGUGUGCGCCUGCGCCUGUUUCGGUCGACACCUGAUUCCAUCCGUCUGGUUCGGUUUUCCCACGAGCACUCUCACAAUCCGAUUUUCCAAGUCCUCGUCCCGCGAUUUUCUAGCCAGGCGCUCCAGUCCUUGUUGACCACCUGUCCCGCGAGACGUCCACCUUCUGCAACCUCGUCUUGAUUCCAGUCCAGGCCGCAGUCCAAAGGUUCAGCCACAUCAACGCCCCUUCAGCCCCCCAUAAAUUAUCAAGAAGUCAAGGGAAGGGAAUUUGCCGACUUUGGGAUCACAACUUCCCCAAGCCUCCCAGCUUGCCACUGACGCCGCCGAGGCCCUCUUUGACCGCCUCCUGGCCCAAGCCACCCGAGACCUGUUCGAGUUCGUCCUCGCCCAUGACGGGGUUCUUCUUCAACGAGUCUUUUUCCCCGCGAGAGAGCACCGGGACGUCAGCUACGAUAACCAAAAGGGUGUAUACAGCCCCUUGGGGGAAAGGGGCUCAAAGACUUACCUUUAACCAUGCCUUGCACCUUCUCCUCGCCCACGUUCUCCAUCAGCUUGACCUCGGCGACGGCCUUGGCCUUGUAAUACCGCUUGGCCCACCACUCGGCGACGUCGUCGGCGUAGCCGGCGAAAUAGACGGCCGCGGCCACGACGGCGAGGAACGUGAAGAUGCCCGUGACGGAGAGGAGGAGGACGCCCGGGUAGGACAUGCCGCCGUCGUGGGAGGGCAUUGUUGGGUUCGACAGAACUUCUACUCAGUGGAUUUGGACCAGGGUGUGGACCGAAGGCUCGACAAUCCGUUGCGUUGAGCCAGGUAUCACUUCGACCGUGCGGCGUCGCGGGCGGCCAACGAAGGUAUUCGUGACUACACCAAGAGAUAGACUAGAGUACCUCGAGAAGAAUACAGGGAGGGAAAUAGAAACAAGACGAAAACUCAAUGAAGUCGAGGGACGUUGUGGUUUUAAAAUUUGUCACUGUUCCAACCGACAAAACCUGCUUCUAGC